ACACGUGGUUGGCUUCCCUGUUGGACUGUUCCCGUCAAGAUGGCAUCUCAGACGGAGUCUUUACCCGAUGCUCUCCUGGAAGCUCUGGCAGAAAAGGGUCGAGUAGAUUCCUAUGAAUAUGCUACUAGUGUUGGUAGAAAUCACCAAGACGUGGUUGGAGCCGUAAAGAGUUUGGAGUCCUUUGGAGACAUUUUAAAGACAGAGCAGAAACAGACUGAAUUGUGGGAGCUGACUGAAGAAGGUAAAGAGAUAGCUGAGAAUGGUUCGCAUGAGGUUAGACUCUUUGAAGCAGUCAAUCAAUCAAAUGGAACACCACAAAAUGAACUAAUGGAAAUAGAAAAAGCAUAUUAGGCCGUAGAUUAAAAGAUGGCGAGCACCAGUAUAAUGUUAAAUGGAAAUAUCACGAGGGGAUGAUGUGGAGGAAGCUGGGUGAUCUAAACUGUUUGGAAGCCAUUCUACAGUUUGAGUGCUUCGGAAAUAAGCAAAACUAUGAAAAUGAGUUAAAGAAUUGUAAACUGACAAAUGACAACCAAAUCUUCAUUGAGUGGAAUAAUCCUGUUAGCAGUUACUUGCUAAAGCUGCCCCCUGACAUACUCAACAGGAUUGCUUACUUAAUUAAGGAAGAAGUAUUUAUAAGAGUGGGAAACUUUUCUGUCAGGCCCAGUGGGCCUCACCCUGUUGGCUUUCUUGACAUUCUAUGUGGGUAUUCUGACCUUUUACAUCUCCAAGAAUGCUUAAAGCCAGUUACCAUACCUGUAGAAUUGAAGUGCAAGACUGCUGACACAAAUGAAAAGUUUAGAUACUUCAUUGAUGCGAUGCAAUACUUUUCUUUAGAAAAAGCUGUAAUCAACACUUCUGAAGUUACUUUGUACUCGAAAGUCGUUCCAAUCUUGUGGAUGGUGACAAAAGAUAUGCCAGUUAUCAAUAUGACUGGAAGUUAGAGGAAGCUCAGAAGAACAUUUUCAGGACUCACACUACUGCUGUUAGCACAAGAAUGCUCUACAAACUUGGACAACAA